AUUCGGUCAAGGAGGCCGAACGCUAGGCUAAAGAGGGGAAAGGCAGCCGACUUGUAGUGUUAACCUCUCAGUUGUCUCUGAAUCAAGCCAUGGCCUCAGAAAAAGAGGCUGCUCUUGCCGCCAAGCCAUCUGAUUCUCCAACGAUAUUUGACAAAAUUAUUAACAAGGAAAUACCUUCGACUGUGGUGUAUGAAGAUGAUAAGGUUCUAGCUUUUAGGGACAUAUCUCCCCAAGCUCCCACGCACAUUUUAAUUAUUCCAAAAGUCAAGGAUGGUUUGACUGGAGUCUCUAAGGCUGAGGAGAGGCACGUUGAUAUUCUUGGCCGCCUACUUUACACCGCAAAGCUCGUUGCCAAACAGGAAGGUCUUGAUGACGGCUACAGGAUUGUGAUCAAUGAUGGCCCAAAUGGAUGUCAAUCUGUUUACCACAUUCAUGUUCACCUUAUUGGGGGACGUCAAAUGAACUGGCCUCCUGGUUAAACUAGCUGGAGUUACAAUUAACUUGGGCCAAGUGAAGGUGGAGGAAGAAUUUCAAGAUACCAUUAUCCAUGAGCUUCAUCUGCCUCGCUGACGGUUCCCAAAUCUAUAUAAAAGAGUUGGCUUGUUCAACUUAAUCAGUGUCUUAAAAUAAAGGAGAUGAAUGGACUUGAUGUAAUGAAUUCGUGACCUGCUGUCUCUGGAUUAAAAACCGGUUAACUAAAACUUAUUUGAUGGCUUUGAGCAUUCGACUUUGAGAGCUAGAUUCGGUUGCUUUCUGUUGAAUUGGUAGUUUGUGAUGUUUUAUCUUCCUAUAGAUUUCUUUCAGGGG